CACCUACAGAUUUCGAAGAACCUAAAUCACCUAAAGGACCUAAAGCACCCACAAAUUCUGGAGCACCUGAAGAACCUGAAGAACCUAUAGAUUCCGAAGAACCUAUAUCACCUAAAGGACCUGAAGCGCCUGAACCACCUAAAGAACCUGAAACACUCCAAAAACCUAAAGAAAAGCUGUGUGGAGAGGUGUACAUACCAGUAAACAAACCGUGUGGAUUAAACAUACCAGAAGGAAAACCAGAAGGAAAACCGCACGACAAACCAGAAAUAGCGAGAACUCCGGACAUCCACCAAAAUCCCUAUGGGAGUUCUAUCGGAGGCCCUCACGAAAUUUAUUAUGGAAGUUAUCAACCCACCACGCCCGUUGCUGUAGUCGAUGUAUUUAAACCCGGAAAAAUCCAAUUUCAUUUUUCAUUUAGCGAUUAUGGAGAGAAAACAAUCAUUUUAGGAUUAUUUAACCUUUUUCAUUGCAAACCUAAAGAUUUGAGUGUUUCAGCCGGCGAAGUCAACCUUAAUAACCUACAUAAUUUUACGGAAGCACUGAAAAAUUCGCAAAUUGUUGAUUAUGGAUAUGGUAGUCCGGCUAUUCGCCUUACUAUUCAUUAUCCGCUUGAUGCACUUGUGGGGAAAAAGUUUGUCGUUUGUUGCAAGCGACAUGUAAUUGCAUCUACUACAAUCGAAGCUAGCACUGAAGUUAAUCCAUGA